AUGGCCACCCUCAACGCUAUUAGAAACAACUGCCGCAAGGUCAUGUGCAUCGGCCGCAACUAUGCCGACCAUAUCAAGGAGCUCAACAACCAGCGGCCCAAGCAGCCCUUCUUCUUCCUGAAGCCCCCCUCGUCUAUCCUUCUCCCCGGCGAAGGCCCUCUCCUGCGGCCGCGCGGCGUCUCCAUGCACUACGAGGUCGAACUUGGCUUGGUCAUGGGCAAAACGCUGCGGGACCUGCACCCGGACGACGAAAAGGGCGCUUUGGACUCGAUUGAAGCCUAUCUCCUCGCCAUCGACAUGACCGCUCGUAACGUGCAAGACGAAGCAAAGAAGAAGGGUCUCCCGUGGUCCAUAGCAAAGGGCUUCGACUCUUUUCUCCCCCUCGCCGGCCCCGUCCCCAAGUCCGCCAUUCCAGAUCCGCACAAAGCACACCUGAGCCUCACUGUCAACGACCAGGUGAAGCAGUCAGACAACACCGAUUUGAUGCUGUUCAGGAUCCCCCGCAUCUUAUCUGAUAUUAGCAAAGUCAUGAAACUCGAGAAGGGCGACAUCGUCCUUACCGGCACCCCCAAGGGCGUAGGCCCAGUCACUACCGGUGACAUCAUGAAGGCCGCUCUCAAGUAUGGCGACAAGGAGCUGGCGCGCUUGGAGGUAGAUGUAAAGGAUCGCGAAGGUCUCUAUGAGUUCAAGGAGACAUAA